AUGCUGCUCCUCGUACUGCUGACUAGCUUCGUUCGUCAAACAUGGAAUCUCGGAGUUGCAUUCUUAUGCUUCUGGCUCUUCUGGGAGAACCUCGUACAGGGCGUCGACGCCGUCAUAUGGUCCGAUAAUGCGGAUCUUAAGCUAUACGUGUACUGCGACAUCAUAUCGCACAUGCAAAUGAUCACUUCAGUCGUCAAGCCAAUGGCCACCCUUAUCAUUACUCGCCGACUAUAUCUGAUCACCAGUCUGCAGUCUGUAGAUUCUCCUACAAAAGCGGCGAGACGAAGGAAUUUCGCAAUAGAGUGGACACUUGGCCUGGUAAUCCCUCUCCUAGUCGCAGGACCACUUUAUUACAUAGUUCAAGGGUUUCGUUUUCGGAUCGAUGAGGGUUCUGGCUGCCUUACCGCUGUCGACGGCUCUAUACUCAGCAUUUUGCUUAUCCAAUCAUGGACUGUAAUCCCUCCACUGGUGUCCAUCGCCUUCUACUAUCCCCAUGUCGCUCGGAUGUUUCAUCGUCACAGUCGGGAUAUCGAUCACUUUCUGCAGAGCAAUAAUUCGGUAUCCCGAACAAACUACUUCCGCAUUCUUGCUCUCGCAAGUAUCGAUAUUCUACUCACGUUACCCUUCGGCGUUGCGACGAUGGUGUUGGCCGUGAAGGCCACAUUGCUUGCUAACGUCCCCUUCCCGUUCUAA